UCCCCAAGGUGGGUGCAGGAGAGAGCUGAAAGAAGAGACCAGAAUGCCCCCUUGAGGCAGGCCAUGGGCAAGGGUCCCCGACGGAGCUGGAGCGGGACCAGGGGACUGCUAAGAUCCAGGCACCAGACGCGUCUCAAGUGGGUGGCCUCAGGACAGGUGCGCGCACGACGGGUUAUAGGGAGCGACGCCCCAGUCUGGUCCUGGGCUCAGUCCCUAGACCCACGUCUGCCACCCCAGUCCCAGGUGCGAAACAGGGGCGCUACCUCUUUAAAAGCGUCGGGGUGAGUCUCUGCCGCACCAUGUGAUUGCUUGAAAGGCCGGGCUGGGAGCGCUGCGGCGGGAGCCGGAGGACUACGAGCUGCCGCGCGGUGUCCAGAACCCAGCCCAGCCCUACCGCGCGCGGCCACGAGCUCUGCUGCCCGGAACUUUGGGCACUGCCUCUGGGACCCCUGCCGGCCAACAGGCAGGAUGAUGCUUGCCUCGUGCCCUUUGGUGCCCGUCUGCUGAUGUUCCCAGCCUGUUCCCGCCAUGCCGCCCUCCAUCUCAGCCUUCCAGGCCGCCUACAUCGGCAUCGAGGUGCUCAUUGCCCUGGUCUCUGUGCCCGGGAACGUGCUGGUGAUCUGGGCGGUGAAGGUGAACCAGGCGCUGCGGGAUGCUACCUUCUGCUUCAUCGUGUCGCUGGCGGUGGCUGAUGUGGCCGUGGGUGCCCUGGUCAUCCCCCUCGCCAUCCUCAUCAACAUUGGGCCACAGACCUACUUCCACACCUGCCUCAUGGUUGCCUGUCCAGUCCUCAUCCUCACCCAGAGCUCCAUCCUGGCUUUGCUGGCAAUUGCCGUGGACCGCUACCUCCGGGUCAAGAUCCCUCUCCGGAGAAUGAGCCAAUGCAUGGCAAGCACUAAAUCUUAGAUCCUGAAGACUCAACCUUCGAGCAAAAGACACACACCUCCCCGCUCACCGGGCCCUGGAUGGGGAGGGAGCUCCUCUUAGAGGCCCCUGGAGGCCAGGUGUGCCUCAGAGGGGCCCUUCGAGGCAGCUGGGAGGCAGAUCCUGACACUCUGCCCUCCUCUCUCCCAGGUACAAAAUGGUGGUGACCCCCCGGAGGGCAGCGGUGGCCAUCGCCGGCUGCUGGAUCCUCUCUUUCGUGGUGGGGUUGACCCCUAUGUUUGGCUGGAACAAUCUGAGUGCGGUGGAGCGGGCCUGGGCGGCCAACAGCAGCGUCGGGGAGCCCGUGAUCAAGUGCGAGUUCGAGAAGGUCAUCAGCAUGGAGUACAUGGUCUACUUCAACUUCUUCGUGUGGGUGCUGCCCCCGCUGCUCCUCAUGGUCCUCAUCUACCUGGAGGUCUUCUACCUGAUCCGCAAGCAGCUCAACAAGAAGGUGUCGGCCUCCUCCGGCGACCCGCAGAAGUACUAUGGGAAGGAGCUGAAGAUCGCCAAGUCCCUGGCCCUCAUCCUCUUCCUCUUCGCCCUCAGCUGGCUGCCUUUGCACAUCCUCAACUGUAUCACCCUCUUCUGCCCGUCCUGCCACAAGCCCAGUAUCCUCACCUACAUUGCCAUCUUCCUCACGCACGGCAACUCGGCCAUGAACCCCAUCGUCUACGCCUUCCGCAUCCAGAAGUUCCGGGUCACCUUCCUUAAGAUUUGGAAUGAUCAUUUCCGCUGCCAGCCCACACCCCCCAUUGACGAGGAUCUCCCAGAAGAGAGGCCUGAUGACUAGACCCCGCCUUCUGCUCUCACCAGCCCACAUCCAGCGGGGUCUCAGUCCAGUCUUCCCCUGCUCGCUGUCCCAGGGGUCUCCCUGAGCCUGCCCCAGCUGGGCUGUGGGUGGGGGGCAUUGGGAAGGCUCUGAAGAGAUACCCACAGAGCAUGAUCCCUCCACUAGGAGUUAACUACCCUGUACCUCUGGGCCCUGCAGGAGGCUUAGGAGGGCAAGGAUCCUGUGAAGGGACCGGGUGUCUAGAGGUGAGAGUGUUCUGAGCCCCACCUGCCUUACCAUCCCACGAGCAGUCCAGCGCUUCAGGCCUGGGCAGGUCUUGGGGAGGCCGAGACUGCAGAGGAGCCACCUGGGCUGGGAAAAGGUGCUUGGGCUUCUGCAGUGAGGCAGUGGGUCUGCUUGCUUUGGUGUUGGUGGUGCAGCCCCAGGCCCAGCUUAAGGAGAGGAGAGCAUCCCUUCUGAGACAGAUGGGAGAAGAGAGGUGGGGGAUGCACUGGCCUGGCUGUCUCUCCUGUUCUGUAGCAGAGGGUAGCCAGAAGCCAGCUAACAGACAGAAAUCAAGGAGCUUCCAUUCCCGCCUCUGAGGACUCUGGGCCCCAGGCCAUACCAGGUGCUAGGGUGCCUGCUGUCCUUGCCCUGGGUCUACCCGGGAUUGUGUGUGGGAGAGGCAGAAAGGGUAGGUUCAGAAAUCAUUUCUUUCUUUUCUUUUUUUUUUUU